AUGGCAUUGCAACCCUCUGACAAGGAGCUCCUCAGACUCCUCUCCCAGCUCACAACUCAGGAGAAGGUUUCCGAUGGCCCCAAUGGCGCAAGGGGUGCCGAGUUUAUGGAUGGCACCACGGCUGCAUGCUUCCCAGCUUGUGCCUCUCUGGCUGCAACCUUCAACCGCAGCCUUGUUCGGCGAAUUGGUGUUGCCCUGGGCGAAGAAGCUCAAACGAAAAGCGCUUACGCCCUUCUCGGCCCAACAGUCUGUCCUCAUAGAUCGCCUCUGGGAGGGCGUAACUUCGAGUCAUUCUCUGAAGACCCCUUCCUCGCGGGCGAACUCGCUUCUGAGUAUGUACUCGGUCUUCAGAGCGAGAGGGUUGCGGCCACCGUCAAGCACUUUGCCAUCAAUGAGCAGGACACUAGACGGUUUACUAUCAACGAAAUAGUAUCUGAGCGAGCAAUGAGAGAGAUUUAUCUGCGUCCUUUCGAGAUUGUGGUCAAGAAGUCCGAUCCCUGGUGCAUCAUGACGAGUUAUCCCAAAGUCAAUGGAGCCUACGUCGAUGACCAGUCUACCUUUCUAAAAGACAUUCUUCGCAAAGAUUGGGGCUUCAAGGGCUUGACAAUGACUGAUUGGGGAGCAGCAUCAGCUGCUGUAGCAAGCGGAAUAAAGAACGGUCUGAAUCUUGAGAUGCCGGGGCCACCUCACCGCCGGAAGCCCGACUUGAUACAGAAGCUCAUCGAGAAUGGUGAUGUCGACAUCAAGGAUGUCGAUGAGCAUGUGUUGGCAGUACUGAAGCUCCUUCGCCAAACCGGGAAGUUCACCGACAGGAGAGAAACCCCGCCCGAAAGAGCUGUUAGCCGCCCAGAGCACGAGAAACUGAUCCGUCAAGCGGGCGGAGAAGGCAUUGUGCUCCUCAAGAAUUCCAACCGGACUCUUCCCCUGAAGUCUUCUUCCAUCAAGAGCGCAGCAUUGCUGGGACCCCUCGCAAAGAUCGCAGCUGCUCAUGGUGGUGGCAGUGCGUCACUAAACUGUCAUUACAAGAUCAGUCCAUAUGAUGCGUUCAAAUCACGACUUCCUGACUGCAAGAUAACAACCUCAGAGGGUGCGCACAUCUUUCGAGCGUAUCCAGACUUCAUUGAAGGGGCUGUGAACCGUAACAACAAUUCCGGAUUCAUCGUGGACUUUUUCAAGACCCUAGAUCUUUCCGGAGAACCAUUCCACGUCCAAGAAUACCCUCGUGGAAAUUUCAUGACUCUGAUGAACGAAACCGUUGCCGGCGCCAAGUCUGCCCGCCUCAGCACGACUUACACCCCUCCUGUCAGCGGAAAGCACUACCUGAGUUUCUCCGGCAUCGGUCCUGCCAAGUUGUACAUCAAUGGCACUUUCCAAGGGGAGAUCAAAGAAACUGAAGAAGCAAUGUCGUUCCUUCUCGGUGUCCAAGAGGAGCGGCAUCUUCAGUAUGACUUCUCCGCUGGCAACAAGUACGACAUUGUCAUUGAGUCCACCAUCUCGCCUGUUCCCAACUCCGAAAUGUAUUUGGGCGAUGACCAGAUCUCGGUUCAUCUCGGGUUCGUCAGCCAAAGGGAAAUGGAGAGAGAUCUCCUUUCGGAAGCCGUGGAGCUCGCGAAGAAGGCCGAGAUUGCUCUUCUAUUUGUCGGAAACACGCCGCAGUGGGAGACCGAAGGCCAGGACAUGGCCACCAUGAUUCUUCCCGCCGACGGCUCACAGGAUAAGCUGAUUUCCGAAGUUGCCAAAGUCAACCCCAACACCAUCGUGGUUCUCACCACCGGAGUUCCCGUCGAGCUUCCAUGGAUCGACGAAGUAUCGGCUGUCAUUCAGGCGUGGUACGGAGGACAAGAAACUGGCAACUCGAUUCUGGACGUUAUUUUCGGCGAAGUCAGCCCCAGCGGCAGACUUCCCGUGUCAUGGCCCAAGAAGAUUGAGCACACGGCUUGUUACGGUCAUUUCGGCCUUGACAGCUGGGAAAGUCGAGAAGUUGAGUAUGUUGAAGGAGUCAAUGUUGGCUACAGACACUUUGACUCUCAAUAUGGUACCGAGAAAGAGGUCCUGUUUCCUUUCGGUUACGGUAUGAGCUACUCUACCUUUGAGGUUUUCGGUGUCAUCGUGUCCGGCUCUCUCAGCGGUGACAAUGCCAAUGCCGAGGUCACUGUGACCACCACUGUACGCAACACCAGUGCAGUCGUAGGCUCGGAGGUCAUUCAGGUUUAUGUGGCACCGCCGAACAGUGGUGCCGGAAACGAGAGACCACCAAAGGCACUUGUCGCGUUUGAUAAGGUUCUCCUGGCGGCAGGGGAACAGAAAGAGCUGAAAGUGGUCUUCCAGAGAGAUGGGGUUGCCUUUUGGUCUGAGAAUGAUCGGGCUUGGAAGGUGGAGGCGGGUGACCACGAGAUACUCGUGUCGACAAGUUCGGCCCCUGCGGAUAUUAAGGGCAAGAGUAUCCUAAACAUAUCCAAGAGCUUUAGCUUUGCGGGUUAG